UGUACAACUCAAUUGCGCUUCCCAUCACUUUCGCUCCCUGGCCCCGCCAUUCUACUUGCAAAUCGAAGCUUGUAAUAGAAGCUUAUUUCAUGCUGCGCGACAAUCCUGCAGACUGUAGGUAGCAAAGACGGUUCCGGACGAGCACUCUAGCGGAAGGGCGUUGGCGGCUGGCGGCUGGCGGUUGAAGCAGGACCACUGCGGAUUCACCACUCGCGCCUGUACUGCGAACCACGACUGCUGAGGAAAGGCAGCUCGCUCUUUGUUCAGUUUCCCAUUUGCUAGCAGAGGGUUAUCUAUGCUGAAACAGAACACCACUUGGGUCUCCAACCUCCAUUCCUCUUGACUUCCAACACGUCUGCGAAACCUUGGGGACAGUAGCCUCAGCUGGGAGGAAUAAGCAAGAUGUCUCUUCUACCCUCCGAACGAGCGCAAUACUCAGCGAUUAUCGAUGACAUCCUAGCGGAGGGCGACCUGAAUACGAUUUCCGCGAAACAGAUUCGUCGGGGUUUACAAGCUAGACUUGGGAUUGACAUUUCUGAGAAGAAGGAUGCUGUUCAAGCCCUAAUAAUGGAGCGCUUCGACCGCGCGUCCUCCUCAGCUCCUCCACCGGAACCAGCUCCUGCUGCUGUUGCGCCCUCACCGAAAGCCCAGACGAAUGGUACCAGCGCGCAUAGCAGUUCAAGCGCAAGCUCAGACAAAAAGAUCAAGACCGAAUCGAAAGUGAAGUCGGAAACGCCAGCAAGCUCAACACCAGGAGAGGCCAGCGACGAAGAUUCAGACGCCGUCUCUCCACCGAAGAAGAAGCGGAAGCAGAACAAGGGGUCCAAGGAGUUGGAUGAUGCGAAGUUGGCGGCUAUGCUGCAGGCGCAGGAGAAUAGUAUGGCCAGACCAACCCGAGGAGGCGCCGCGAAAAAGAAAGCCCCUGUAAAGAAAAGAACCCCGAAAAAGAAAAGCGCAGACAAAGUCAAAGCAGACGAUGAUAGCGACCUGGAGCUGAAUAGUGAUGGCGAGGUGAAGCCAAAGAAAGAAAGAAAGGGGGGAUUUCACAAGCAGUAUCAUUUGAGUGCGCCGCUUGCAGACUUGGUCGGCGAAUCUACUCUCUCGCGGCCACAGGUCGUUAAGAAGAUCUGGGAAUACAUCAAAGAGCGAAACUUGCAGGUCCCAGAAGACAAGCGACAGAUCCGGUGUGACGAGAGGAUGCAGGCGGUCUUUAAGCAGGAUAAGGUUCAUAUGUUUACCAUGAACAAGAUUCUUGGAAAGCAGCUCUAUGAUGUCGAUGAAUAGAGAGAGGGAUGGGGAGUUUCCGUUUAGAUCCUGGAUGGCUAGGGAAUUAAUGGAUGGCAUUUCGCCCUUCCAGCGGGCGAAUUCGCAGCAUGCUUGGAAUUGGGAGGAGAACUGGACUUUGAGGGUGGAAAGCUGUUAGUUAUCAGACAUUACUUACAGCUUGCAUGUAGCUAUGGCUACAUGCAGCUAUAUGCCGGUCUAGGAUUUGUUUCCAGGUGCAGGGUUCGGACAGCCUUGUGACUUGACUUGAGCAGUACGUAGUUAGGCGGACAGGCAUCACUAAUUCCAAACAAUAAAACAAG